CACUAACGUUUUCUACAAUAACCAAGCUUCCGCAUAAUAUAAAGAACACUUUUUCAUGGUUCUUUCUGCUGGUAGUUUCAUACAAGUGCCACUUCUGCGAACUACCAAUUAUAAAUCUUCACCUAAAAAAUCUAUGACUAUUACAAUAACAUGUGCUAACCACAAAUCUAAAGCAAAACAACAUGAUAGAAGCAGAAAUGGAGGGUAUGGACCGGACCCACACACGAAUAGUAUUACACUCCAAAGCACGAAAACAGCAACAACAAGAAAUCUUCAACUUGAUAACAUUUAUGCUACCGUCGCUUUGAGUAGUGUCAAUGAUCAAGAUGAUAGCAACAUAAGUCCUAAAAGGAUUGGCAACAUAGUUCAUCAUUAUGAAAUAUGAAUAGAGGCCGCGUAGUUUUAGUUUGGACAAAAAUUUAACCGUGAUAUCAACAAGAUGUAGUUAGGUAAUGAUGGCCGUCAUUGCCAAGAAUGUAUUUACUAAAUAGCAAUACAGUUUAUUGAUCAUUCUCGUGUAAAAAGAUCUCAAAUUGU